AUGGGGCCCCUGCUGUGGGACGUCGCAUACGACUCGGUGCUGCGGGCUGCCCUCCCCGCCGGCGUGCAUGUCGUCGGAUAUGCCGACGACACGUUCAUGCUCGCCUGCGGGGAUGAAUGGAGAGGGACCCUUCGGCUGGCGGAACUUGGAGUGGCAUGUGUCGUCGCCACAAUUCGGAGUUUGGGACUGGAGGUGGCUCCCCAGAAAACGGAGGCCAUGUGGCUCUUUAAAAAGGGGCCACAAGGGCCCGGGAAGCCUCCCCAGUCCUGGUUAAGGGCUGUGGCGGCCGCAUUGGGUCGCCUACUCCCGAACCUCGGUGGACCAGAAGAUCGGGUCUGCCGCCUUUAUGCAGAGGUGGUGCGGUCAAUAAGCCUUUACGGCUCACCGGUCUGGGAGGGCGGCCUGAUGAACGGUCGACGCAGUAAAGGCCAAAUGGCCAGUAUUCAGCGCCGAGCUGCCAUCAGAGUCGUCCACGGUUACCGCACCAUCUCGCAUGAGGCGGCGGGCGUGUUGGCGGGUCUCCGCCGGGAGGGGGCGGCCCUGACCGACAGAGCGGUCGAGACUUUGAGGCGUCAGGCCCGACGGCGAACAACUAUAAAGUGGCGGCGCCGGCUAACAGAGCCCAGCGCGGCCACACAACGAGCCGUCGGGGUUGUCCUCCCAGUGUUGGAAGACUGGGUGGACAGAGGCUGGGGUAGUCUCUCCUACCAUACGACACAGGUGCUCACUGGACACGGAUGUUUCGGUGAGUACCUGUAUCGGAUUGGGAAAGAGGCGACGACACAUUGCCACCACUGUGGAGGGGACCGGGACACGGCGCAACACACUUUGGAGGAAUGCCCUUCAUGGGCGGAGGAGCGCCGUGUCCUAGUCACCGAAAUUGGGGAGGAUCUCUCGCUGCCGGCCGUGAUUAAGAACAUGGUUGGCAGUGAGAGAGCGUGGAAUAGUAUGGCCUCCUGCUCGCAAGUAAUGCGGCAGAAGGAGGCCGCGGAACGGGAGCGGGAACGCGUGUUCGCCCCAGGCCGCAUUAGAUGA